UUCACACCAUUCAUAUUCACAUUAAUACUAUUAUCAUCUAUAAGUAAAGCUCAGGAUCUAUCGCCGUCCCGCACAGGACAUGCGCCCAUAUUUAUUCCGGGAAAUGCCCGACCCGUGGAACCGGUGGGCCCACAGAUAGUGGGCGAUAUGAUACAGUUCCGGACGGAACUCAUGUAUCCGUACAACUUGAGUGACUUCACCGAAAUUACUUCAGCCAAACCAAUACACGAUCAGCCGCUGCCCUUUCGGCUCCCAUUCUUUGGCUUUUGGUAUCACUACAUAUGGAUACAAAGAGAUGGUUAUCUAGCGUUCAAUCGGGGAAUGUUGUCGUAUAAGUUUCCGGUGAAGUUUCCGUUUGUGCCGCGCGAUAACCUGUUAGAGGAGGACCCGUCGAUAAUCGCCCCGUGGUUUGCGAUGCAAGACAUACCGACGGAAGUGCCGCACGCGGGCGUCUACUUGAAGAUUGUCAACUUAGAGCAGGAGUCAAACGCCACGCUUAGGGACAGAAUCUACUAUGACUUCAGGGAAGGCAUGAUCGGCGCCUCCGAUUUCAGGCCCAAAUUCGCCCUCAUUAUCACGUGGAGAAAUAUGUCCAUGGUCAAUCGUAGGCCUGAAAUGCCACUUAAGACCAACACAUACCAGUGCGUGUUGGCUACGGAUGAGAUCCGGACGUACGCUAUGUUCAAUUACGAGCAAAUUGAAUGGAUUACACAUCAAGACAACUAUGAAGGCCUUAAAGGAUCGGCCGCUUAUGUUGGUUUCAACGCCGGCAACACGACCCGCACCUAUGAGUUUAGGCCGUAUUCGCAAAACCCGCGCAUAUCAUAUCUGACCACUCGUGGGUGGGGUAACGGUCUUCGGGGCCGUUACUUCUUCCAGAUCGAUGAGGAGGUCUGGCCCGGAGCUUGUAUUGAGAAGGAUUUGGACCCCAAUCUUCCCGAUCGACUUCCCCUCACAUUCUUCCCCCGCGUCGGCCAUAUGUUGGGCGGAACUCUCGUCAACUUCACGGGUCCCUGUCUUUCGCCGACGAGUAUAAUAACGUGUAAAUUCGAGAACUUUCCCGUUCCCGGCAUAUACAGGGACUUCAAUCACGCCACCUGUAUUUCGCCACCAGUAAUGUACCAUGGUUAUGUCGAUCUAACCAUCACCGUCGAUGACAGGACCCUAUUCUUAGGCAGAUAUUACAAACAACCCCCGGAUAUCGCGGACGAAGACAUUGUAAUUCUGGAAAACGCCGAUCGUAUGGAAGAUCCCACGGCUUUAGAUAUAAAGUGGAAAAUGCAUAAACUUGGUUGGAAUGACAACUCGCCCGCCAUUAUGUCUUUGUGGGGAUACAGAGAGACGGGUGAUGUGUACCCUCACCUCACAUUCAUCGACAAAUUGGCUGAAAUACGUUUGGGAGCGUUGAGGACACAAAUAGAGCCCAAAAUCUAUAACGAAAGGCAUAAUUACAACACAAGUGACAUCACAUUCGGCUUCAUUUCCAUCAGUUUGGCUGAUCCGACAAUUCUGGGCAAAGACAUCAAACAGUCGCCGAUGAUAUGGUCGCGCACAAUGCCUCUCGCCUGGACCCUAUUCUUAGGCAGAUAUUACAAACAACCCCCGGAUAUCGCGGACGAAGACAUUGUAAUUCUAGAAAACGCCGAUCGUAUGGAAGAUCCCACGGCCUUAGAUAUAAAGUGGAAAAUGCAUAAACUUGGUUGGAAUGACAACUCGCCCGCCAUUAUGUCUCUGUGGGGAUACAGAGAGACGGGUGAUGUGUACCCUCACCUCACAUUUAUCGACAAAUUGGCUGAAAUACGUUUGGGAGCGUUGAGGACACAAAUAGAGCCCAAAAUCUACAACGAAAGGCAUAAUUACAACACGAGUGACAUCACAUUCGGCUUCAUUUCCAUCAGUUUGGCUGAUCCGACAAUUCUGGGCAAAGACAUCAAACAGUCGCCGAUGAUAUGGUCGCGCACAAUGCCUCUCGCCUGUUUGGCUGAUCCGACAAUUCUGGGCAAAGACAUCAAACAGUCGCCGAUGAUAUGGUCGCGCACAAUGCCUCUCGCCUGGUAUUUCAAACCCCAGUGGGAACGCGAGUACGGCGUGAGUGGCCGAUGGAAAGAGCACUUCUGUCACGAUUGGUUCCAACAGGAGUCGUACGCGGAUCGGUUCGCACGAGUGGUGUUUCGGUGUCCGUGUACUCUACAACAGGCAGAGCUCGAUAGGGGCCGCUUCUCGCCAGACCUCGAGUGUAACGUUAUUGACCGCAAGUGCGAUACUUUCCAUCGCGGGGCUCAACACUGUCUCCGAACCGGCAGACCAUCAAUCGGAGGUUCCGGUCAGACCUGUUGUUACGACGACUACAGCGAACUCUUACAAACCGCCGACACUAUGUAUGGCGGAAGACCUUCUCGUGCAUACAUUUACGGCAAACAUCCCUUUAAGAUGAGGAUGAUGAUCCCAGCUUUGUCUGAAUGGCUUCACGACACAAUGCCAUUCUUCUUCUGCUGCAAAUGGCAGCCAAAGGAAGACAACGCCCACACGUGUCAGAUGUAUAACUAUUGGCGGACAUCACAGGACUGUUCAUCAUAUCAGGCGCCGUCCAUCGGGUCGGUGUACGGCGAUCCACACUUCGUUACGUUUGAUCGCUUCAACUAUACCUUCAACGCCAAAGGAGAGUACACUUUGGUUCACGUCGACAACGCUAUCCACAAACUAGAUGUGCAAGCUCGGUUUGAACAAGUGCCCAGAAACAGACGCACAGACCCGCAGAUCAACGCGACGGCCCUCUUGGCUGUGGCCGCACGCGAUAACAUCUCGUCGAUCGUGGAGUUCAGGCUGAGGCCAAUCGCCGCCCGUUGGAGGUAUCAGAUGUAUGUGAUUGUGGACAAGGAGUACAUCUUCUGGUGGGACGAGUCGAUGAGAUUGCAGAACUUCAAAGGAGUCACUCUCUAUCAACCCCGCCCAACGGAACGGGAGGUCUAUUGGGGUUAUAUUCACGGGACGCGAGGGACGACUUUACGCUACCGACUGGUCAACAGAUAUCACUGCAGAGCACUCAGGAGGACAUCCAUAUGCGGUUCG